AUGUCAAACAUGUUUAACACAAUAAAUUCAAAGAUACCAUCGAAAAAAAGUGCGAAAACAGAGGAGACCGAGAAAACUGAAGAUGCUGAUUUUGAUCCAAGUCUUUUACCACUUCCCGCAUCUUCAACAAAGACAGCAACACAGCGUAUUUACCGAGAAUUGAGAUUAAUCGUUCACAAACAAGACACACCAUCCAAUGACUUGGGAUUUUACGUGAAACUUGACAAAUUGCAGUCGGUUUACCAAUGGGUUGUUCAACUUAAAGAUUUUGAUCCCACUAUUCCACUGGCUCAAGAUAUGGUAAGACAUGGCGUAAAAAGCAUUGAUUUAGAAAUUCGGUUUGCACCUGAUUACCCGAAUUUGCCGCCGUACAUUCGUGUUAUUCGACCCAGACUUCUUAGAUUUAUGAAUGGUGGAGGUGGACACGUAACGGCAGGUGGCUCCGUUUGUAUGGAACUUUUGACUUUGGGUAGUUCUCGUGAGCAUGGUUGGUCACCUGAAUAUACGAUGGAAGCAGUUUUAUUACAGGUGAAAUUGGCCUUGAGUACUUUGAAUCCGCCGGCACGACUUGAUCGUAAUUGGAAGAAUGAGUACAGUACUCGCGAGGCGAUUGAUGCUUAUAUUAGAGUUGCCCACCAACAUGGAUGGGGUGUUCCACCACAUUGGUCCACAUUGUUUAGACGUUAA